AUGGCUGAUGUCCAAAAUGAUGAUCCACCCCAGCAAUUGCCGGCUUGUACAAGAAUCAUCAGAAUGUUCAAAGGCCUUCGAAGAAAUAAAUGGAGUUUCAUAAUUUUGUUCUUAACCUUCAGUUUUACCCAGGAAGUUCAAGGGACUUACACAGCAUCUAUAUUAACCACACUGGAAAAAAAUUUCAACCUGCCAAGUUCACUAUCCAGUAUUAUAGUAACUAUAUCUACUCUCGGUUAUAUAAGCAGCGCUAUUUCGGUAUCAUUUUUUAUUAAACCCAACCAUUACAUUCGAUUAUUUGCAAUUUGCAUGCUAGUAACUGGUUUUUGUAGUUUUUUAUACGUAUUGCCGCGUUUCAUCUUCAAAGAAAUUUCAAGCUACGAUGAGAAUAAUAACUCAAACGAUUGGCACCAUAAAGCAGCAAUUUGUAACGUAUCGUAUAAUUUUAAUAGAAGCGAAGGUCAGUGUACGAGUGACAACGAAAAUAAAAUGAAAGUUGGUCCAAAUUAUGCGGCUCUAGUGAUGUUUAUCAUAUCAGAAAUAGUAUAUGGAGCUGCCGGAGCUUGCCUGUGGACUGUAGGGUUAACCUUCAUUGACGAAAAUAUGUCCGGUCCUCUGGCUUCUAAAUUAAUUGGUUUAUACUUUUAA